GGAGGCCCAUACAUUUCGGUUUUCUCAAAACCCGUAUCUAGGCCCAACAAGAGAUUAAGGGAGUAGUAGAUGACUCAGGUGAUCGGAUCCUCUCUGUUUCCCAUUUCGUUCGUCGUCGUCGUACUCGUACAUCUCUCUCUCUCGCUCAUCUACUCAGGGGAUUUGUGCAAGGUUGAAAUGGCAGGACACAAGGUUGCGCAUGCCACGCUGAAAGGCCCGAGUGUGGUGAAGGAAUUAGUUAUCGGUUUGGCACUCGGUUUAGCUGCUGGUGGUCUCUGGAAGAUGCACCACUGGAACGAGCAGAGGAAAACCAGAGCUUUCUACGACUUGCUUGAGAGAGGCGAGAUCAGCGUUGUCCACCCUGAAGAGUAAAUUCAACAACACCACUCUCAAGCUCUAUUUUUAUGUUAUUGUAUGGUUUCUUGACUUCUCAGACAAAGUUACCUGAGAAAAAAGAGUUGCUUGCUUGAUAAAUAAACAACAAAUCGGAUAUUAUUUGUUAAAUUUCAGAACAUCUUUCUUGAUUUGA